GGAUCUCUGAAGACCUUCAUCCACACAGUUCACCUCCUGCAGAAACAAACAGAUCUGGGCCAGCUCCCUGUGUCAGAUGUCCUGUACAGACUUUUGCUCCUGGAGGGAGGUCCCGGCUCUCCGUCCUGCCUCCUGGGGGGCAAACACAGCGUGUCCUGGGGUUUUGAGGACAUGCUGCCCACACCUGAUAAUUCUGCUGGAGGAGUAGAGAGUAAAGACACUGACCUGGGGCGCUGUCUAGCCACCGACGGGCUCUAUCUGUACACCACCAACUCCUCUGGGAGAGGACUCAGCAAGCUUGGCUCUGGUUUACAUGGGACACUGAGGGGUUUUGUGUACUGUCGAAAUGAAGAGCUUGAGCCUGGCUGGCUGGUGUUCAGCAGUGGUCGCCUCCUCCACCGCCCGUCGUCCUUCGAUGCAAAGCCUCAUCAGCUGUGCCAGGUCAUUGACCCCUUCACCCUCCAGGUGUGCCAGAUUGUGCCCAUGCCAGCCCACCACUUCCCUGUUGGCAGCAGCAUGACCACGCUGCACCUCUGCUCAGAUGGAACCUACCUGUACUGGGUCUGGUCCCCAGCCAGUCUUAAUGAGAAGACACAGAAAGGCCACUCUGUCUUCAUGGAUGUCUUUCUCCUGUCUACACAGAUAGGGUUGUGUGUUGCAGACAUCUUGCAGGAGAGAGUUAUUUUAACUCGCAAGGAAGGCGAGUCUUCAAAGUGCUUGAAUGAGCUUCUCCUGAGUCGAAUGUCUCGCUUCCGGGCCUCCCAUUCUGCCACAUUGGCUGCUCUCACAGGCUCUGCAAUCACCAACACGGUCAAAGAGGAGCAGUCAGCUGUCAACACCAGCUGUGGGCUCCCUCUCAAGACCCUGAGAAAGACCCCUAUGUAUGUGUGUGGAACCUACCUAGUGAUGCUGGUCUCACCCCCGGGUGUAUCUGGGAGCUCAGCCACUCGCUCCCUAUUUGGAGGAACCAGCAGCCUGUCCUCUCUGAAAAUAUUAGCCUCCAGUCUGGUUUUUAACCUGGCUGACGGACAGUUUAGCAGCCGCGCAGACCUCAUCGAUGCUCCUGGCAGCUCUCUCGGCAGGGGAGCACAGGUGGCGGGGCUAGGAGCAUGUUACGAUGCACUGAACAACCUGAUCUGGACGUGCUCAAGUGAUUACAUAGAUCAGUGGUGCAAUCCGGGGAACCAAGCCUUCCAUCAUGUGUGUCACAGGCUCGGUGUCAGCCACGUCAUCAAAGAACCCAAAGACGAGACAGUGGCCACCGGCGAGGUGAUCAACCAGCUGCUUCAUCAUGUGGGCGCAAUGUGUAUACAUCAGCUCAACCUGCUGGCAGCCAGCAGCAACAGCCUGCCCCUGGGGGCCCUGCUGGGCAAACAACACCCCAUCGAGGCCCGUCACUUCAGCAGCAUCUGUGACAUUAUGGAGAAAGCCAUGGUCAACGGAGACACCUGUAUCAUCCGCUGCAUCUUGGUGGUGUUCCAGGUGGUGUUUAGGUUUUUCAAUCCUCAGUCAGAGCAGAAUAGGGAGAGUGUGCGUCGCUCAGGCCUUCUCCUGUGGCAGCUACUGAUGGCUCCAUUGGAUCAGAUCGGAGCAGAGAUUCAACGAGAGGUGUGCCUCGCCAUCAGCUCAGGCCUGAAUACUCUGUAUCAGGGGGAGGCUGAACUCAGCAAACUGCUGAAACUGGUUUUAACUGAAGGUGAAAGGAACAGCGGGUUGUCUCAUCUUCGUGAUGUCAUCCUGACCAACCUGGCAGACCAACUGCAGAAAAACAGAUUUGGUAGUGAAGAGGAUGACCACUACAGAUUGAGUGAUGAGCUGCUUCACUGUAUCCUCAAGACUGUAGUCCGGGAAUCCUGCCUCGUCAUUACCAAAUGUCAGACUGUGGCCCGAGACGACUUCCAGAAGCUGCUCUCCACUGUGCCAGUGGUCUCACCCAGUCUGCGCUACCUCAUGGCUGUUCAGAACCACCUCCUCAGUAACACUAUUCUUAUCCGUCCCGAUGAUAACGAUGACAGUGACAGCUCCCUUCAAGGGGAAACAAUCCAGGUAAAGGAGUUGCAAAGCAGCAUCCUCUCCCUAGCAACCAAGAUCCUGGUGGGAUGUGAUGAAGUGCUGGAGACGCUGCAGCAGGUGACCACAGCGCUCAUCAACAGCGACAUCGUUGACAGAGAAACCAGGUUGAAAGGCCUGGAACAGGUAACCAAGGCGACCAUGCUCGGUCACCUGCUGCCAGUGUUGCUCACGUCUCUGAUGCACCCCAACCUGCAGACCCUCACCCUCGCUGACGCCCUCAUGCCUCAGUUGGUGCAGCUGGUCCUCUACACCAGCCAGACUGCCCUGCUACUAAAGACUCAGUCCCCGCUCUUCACUGAAGAGCCUCCACCUUUGAGCGGCUCUCUGGGGCCAGGGGCGAAGGCUUGUGCUGCUGAUGACAAAAUUCUUGAUGAACGUGAGGAGCCUGGUUUCCUGACUGGGCUGAAGAUCCCUGCCCCAUGGGCUGCUGGGAAGACAGUCGAGACGGUGCACCCGGUGAGGGACAAUUACAAGUUCAAAGAGACGGUCCACAUCCCAGGAGCCCGCUGCCUGUACCUUCGCUUUGAUGCUCGCUGCUCAUCACAGUAUGACUAUGACAAGUUGGUUAUCUACGCUGGCCCUAACACGAACAGUCGCAAAGUAACAGAGUAUGGAGGGAACACUCUGGGAUAUGGCAGUCGCAGUGUCUUGGGGACAGGAUGGCCUAAAGACCUGGUCAAGGUUGAAGGAGACACUGUGACGUUUUCCUUUGAGAUGAGAAGCGGACGUGAACACAACACCCCCGAUAAAGCCAUGUGGGGGUUCUCCUGCACCGUCAGAGCUCAGGAGUCAUCCGAGGAUGUCUCUGGAGGCCUCCCUUUCCUGGCAGACCUUGCCCUGGGGCUGUCAGUGCUGGCUUGCUCAAUGCUCCGCAUUCUGUAUAACGGGCCAGAGGUGACAAGAGAGGAAGAAGCCUGUCACGAUUUACUCUGCUCAAAGCUGCUGCAAAGGUGUCAGUGGCAGGUGGAAGCAAAUGGUGCGAUCUCUCCUGCCCUCACGCCCAGCCCCUCACCUCUGCCCCUGACCAUUGAGGAGGACCGGGAGUUCACCUACCCCUCCGAUGUGCUCAUCCCACCCCCAGGCCUCAUGCCGGGGGCAUACUUUGACCUGCCUCGUAUCCGCCUCCCUCCAGGCAUCAUGGGUAGGCUACGAGAGGUGUCUGGAAGAGCCCGACCUCAAUUCCGUCCUAGCAUCAAAGAGGUGAUCAGGCCCGAUGUGAUGGAGGAGGUUAUAGUAUCCUGUGUCAUUAAACACCUGAGCCUGGUGGAUGCCCUUCAGUCACUCGUCAACUACCAGCACCGCGAGGAUCACGCAGAGGAGUAUGACCUGGUCUGUAAGAUUAUGGCUGAGACCUUCAAGAAGAUCAAUGCCAUGGAGCGUCAGCUGCAGAGUGUUGCAGAAUUGGAACAGAAGUGGCAGAAUGAGGUAGAGGAGGCCCAGCAGGGGAAGCUGGAGAACAAUACUCCUUUCUUUCACGACUACCACUUCUUUGAGAACAAAAUUAAGGAGCUGGAACUACUUUGCUCCCUGAAGGAGGUUCCCCUCGAUUUCAGUGAUCUCGAAAAUGUUGUCCUUGCAUUGAGGGAGAAGUUCUUUCAGGAGGUAAACACCAUGCACCUCAGAAGCAGCACAUCACUGGCCAAAACGAAGGCGCUGGUGAAGAGUCUGAUGAACCGCACUGAGCUGCUGCUCCAUGUUACCAUAGCGCCACAUUGCAGGAGCCUAACCAACACACCUGCAGGAACACCAGGUCCAGCCUCUAAGUCAGUGUCAGACGCUAAGUCGGUGAACCCCAUGGUGAAGCAGCCAGUCUUUCUACGCAGCAUGUCUGCACCCUCUGACUUGGAGAUGAUUGCUAACCAGGACUUGGAGUUCACACAUGCGCCCCAACGGAGGCGACACCACCCUACUAGUCAUCGCAGCAGCUCCUUUACCCUGCUGCAGUCUCUAGCCAUCGAGGACAGUCGUGACAGACCCACAUACAGUGUGCUGCUGGGACAGCUCUUCGCCUUCAUAGGAACUACGCCUGAUCAGGCUGUGUCAAGCAGCAGUUUCCUGUCUGCCGCGCAGACGCGAUGGAGACGUGGCAGCACGCGGAAACAGGCACUUGUUCACAUGAGGGAGUUGCUCACUGCUGCUGUCAGAGUUGGAGGCGUAACCCACCUGGUGGGGCCUGUCACUAUGGUGCUGCAAGGUGGCCCAAGGAUCGAGGAGCUGACCUGUGGUGGCAUGGUGGAGCAGGUGCAGGAGGCCUUUGGAGAGACCAUGACGUCUGUAGUGUCACUAUGUGCUCGCUACCCCAUUGCUUGUGCCAACAGUAUUGGCUUGCUUUGCACAAUCCCCUACACCAGGAGUGAGGAGCAGUGCCUGGUUCGGAGUGGUUUGGUCCAGCUCAUGGACAGUCUGUGUAGUUUGAGUGGUCAGAGGGAAUGCAGCUCAAACGAGAAGCAGACCAAAAAGCAGAAGGUGGCCACCAUGGCUUGGGCUGCUUUCCAGGUGCUGGCUAACCGCUGCAUCGAGUGGGAGAAGGUAGAAGGUGGGUCUACCGAUGCAGUGCACUCUGGUUUGGCACGGCAGGUGUCCAGCCUGCUGACCAAUCACUUGGCCCGAGCCACAGAGUGCUGCGGUAACCAGGCCGCUGGUAAUGAUGCCUUACAGGAUGUGCUCAGUCUGCUCAAUGACCUUUCCAGGAGCCACAUAGGGAAAGCCAUCCUGAGCCAGCCAGCUUGUGUUUCUAAGCUCUUGUCUCUGCUGCUUGACCAGAGACCUUCUCCAAAGCUGGUACUUAUCAUCCUGCAGCUAUGCCGAGCUGCCCUGCCUCUCAUGAGUGUGGAGGACUGUGGGAACGUGGCCCUGCCUUCGUGGAGCUACUCUUUCAACACGCUGGAUGCUGAGCAACAAGAUGCCAGUGACCCUGCCUCGCGCAUUGCUUCCUUGCUGCUAGCCAAGCUGGCAGACUAUGUAGUACCAGGCUGCCAGACCCUGCUCUCCCCCAGCUCCUCUGAGCCGGACACUAGUCUGUCUCGCGCCAGUUCCAAAGGAGCCCUGAAGUCUGACGAGGUGGGGGAGGAGGGAGAGGCAGUUGAUGGUAAGCUAUCCAUCUUCAUCCACAAGAGAGAGGACCAGUCAUCUCAUGAGGUUCUACAACCACUUCUUAGCAGCUCAGAGGGUCGUCCCUUUCGACUUGGCACUGGAGCAAACAUGGAAAAGGUGGUAAAGAUGGACAGAGACAUGACAAAGAGUGGCAACUGUGAAGUGAUCACAGAAGAGGCAGCUGCUGCCCUGAGGAAGGCCAACAAGUGGGCCCAGUCAGGUCUGAUAGUGAGCGUCGGUCCACCUAUGGAGGCUCUGGUCCAGGAGGCUGCAGGAGGCAUCACCACUGGAGAUAAGAAGAAAACUGUUCAGACCGCUGUGUGUAGGGACAGGAAUGCUGAUCUGGCCAGGUCGGACCCUGUGAGGCCAUUCAUCAGUGGCCAUGUUGCCAACAGUAUGGCUGCUGAGGUUAUUGCUCUACUGCACAGCCUGCUAACCGCCCCCGAGUCCAACACCGCUCAGAUCUGGACUAGCACAGCUGAAAAGGUUCUCUCCCGAGCCCUGAUGUUCAUCCCUCAGCUGGGGAAGUAUGCAGAGAGUAUUCUGGAGAAUGGGAGCAGCAGUGGCAGGAAACUGGCUAAGCUGCAGGCCAUUGGCAGACAAGCUGUUGCUGCUCUUUGUGCCCUCGGGGGCUUCAAAGAAACUAUUAAGAUCGGCUCAGAGGUCCAGGUGGUAGGUAAAGGAGUGCUUGGCAGUGUGGGCAUAGUUAUGUCCAUAAAUGAACAAGAGGGCAUUGCAACGGUCAAGUUCCCUUCUUGCGAGUACAGGAGAGCUUGCCAAGCCUCAGACAUCCUGACGGUACCCAUAUCACGCCUCUGCACACCCAGAUCUGAGGCCCUCCCCCUCUAUAAGCUCUCAAUCACAGAAAAGGUGGUGCAGGCGGUGCAGUCCAUGCUUCUGCCACAGGAGGGCAGUCUCUCCAUUCACACUUCUCUACCAGCUACAGGAGAUGGCUCCAGCCCGGUAAUGGCUGCAGUACGCUUGCUGGCUGAAAUCAGAACCAGGGCAUGUCUGGUGAUGGCGCAGCUCCUGGAGGAUAGCUCCUUCUGUGAGGAGUUCAUCCAGCAGUGUCCUGCUGCGGUCGAGGUCCUGAACCUGGUGGCCCAGGAAUGCAGCCCUGUUCUGAACUCUUGUGCAGGGGAGCGUCUCGGCAUGGUCGAGGCUCAGUGUGAAAGAGUGAGAAUGCUGUACCGGGACUGCGCUCGUCCUCCUCCUCCACCACUGCAGACAGACCGACGCCAGCCCAAGGAGAUCACUUGGUGUCCUUCCAGAGUGUUUCCUCCUGUCCGUGCCUGCAUGUUCUCAUCCCGCCUGACCUCCGUCACCUUCUUGGCUGAUCCGAGUGCUGGAGGAGGGCUGCCCAGAGGCACUUUCAUCUAUGCCACCUGUCCUGUACCAAUUCAGGCCCCGUCCUUUUACUGGGAGAUAGAAAUUGUCUCCUAUGGAGACUCUGAGGAGGACAGUGGCCCGAUUGUGUCCUUUGGUUUUGCCACAGAGGCAGAGAAGAGAGAUGGAGCGUGGACCAACCCUGUCGGCACAUGUCUGUUCCAUAAUAAUGGUAGGGCAGUGCAUUAUAACGGCUCCAGUCUGCUGCAGUGGAAGAGUGUCAGGCUGGAUGUGGCUCUACUUCCUGGCGAUGUGGCUGGAAUAGGCUGGGAGCGCUCCGAGGGGACUCCUCCCCCCCCUGGUCAGGCCCCUAAAGGCAGGGUCUACUUUACCUACUGUGGUCAGCGGCUCGGCCCCAUCCUUGAGGAUGUAGCUGGUGGAAUGUGGCCCCUGGUACACAUUCAAAAAAAGAACUCAAGGAUCCGCGCCAACUUUGGAUCCCGGCCGUUUGCAUACGCAGAGGGCCAGGCGCACAGAAAUGCAGCGGACUUGUGUGUAGACCUUGCAGAGGAAAUAAGUGCAAAUUUUGAAGCACUGCCUUUUGCUAUGGCCUCGGACAGCGAUAAUGAUGCAGGUGCAAGUGUUACCUCUGACUCUGGCUCCCAUGGACCCCCUUGUCGGAUUGCAGCUGUGGCUGUUGCUCAGCAACAGUACAACAGCGACCUGUCGUGCCAUUACAAAAUUGAGCUGAGCUACGAGAACCUGGUGACCUCUGGACCUGACCCUCAUCCUCCUCCUAUCGCAGAUGAUGAGAGUGAUGACGAGGAUGAUGAUGAUGUCCCGAGAGAGGACCACUAUGCCUUGCUGGUAAAGGCCUGGGAGACCAAAGUGUUCCCUACCAUCCGUAGGCGGUUCCGUAACGAGGCUGAGAGGAAAUCUGGCUUGGAUCAAAUCAAAGGAGCUCUGCAGCUAGGCAUGGUUGACAUUGCGAGACAGACGGUGGAGUUCCUGUAUGAAGAGAAUGGUGGCAUUCCCCGGGACCUCUACCUUCCUACCAUUGAGGAUAUCAAGGACGAAGCAAAUAAGUUCACCAUCGACAAAGUUCGCAAAGGCUUGACUGUGGUCAUCCGCUCUCCGGACAGCAACAACACCAACAGCACCACCGGAGGGACGGCCCUGCCCAAGUUUGCUAUCCGGGGCAUGUUGAAGACCUUUGGUCUGCAUGGGGUGGUGCUCGAUGUGGACUCUGUGAAUGAGCUGGUGCAGGUGGAGACGUACCUGCGCAGUGAGGGGGUGCUGGUGAGGUAUUGGUACCCUAUAGAGAUGCUGGAGCGCCCGCCUGCUGGAUCUAGACGGACUGCAGCUAAUGGCUUAGUCUCAUUGGACAGUAGCAACAUUCAGAUUCAUAGGGAGCUGCUUCGCUGUGAGAGUGCGCUGGCUCGGUUGUACUGCCGUAUGGCCUUGCUCAACAUCUUUGCCCCCAAGAAUCCCCACACCUUCACUCGUCUCUUCCACAUCCCCGCCAUCCGUGACAUCACCUUAGAGCACCUACAGCUGCUGUCCAAUCAGCUGCUGGCUCCCCCUCUCCCUGAUGGCACUAUUAGUUCUAGUUCCAUCCUACUGGCCCAGUCAAUGCUCCACAACCUUCAGGGCCAAAGCUGCUCCCCCUCUGAACUUUUCUUCCAGGGCAAUGCUCAGCCCAUCCGAGAGUGGCUGACAGUGGCCAUCACCCGUGCCUUGCAUCAAGGAGAGGAGAGCCUGCUGGAGCUCACAAAGCAGAUCUGCUGCUUCCUACAGAAUGCACCAGAGCAGUUUACAUCUGAGGAGUUUCCUGUGACCGAGUCAAAGGUCAGCAUGGAUGUCAGCUUUCCAGGUGCGGCAUUUGUGAUUGUAUCCUGCAAGGAGAGCCAGCUAGGAUGUCGCAAAGACUCCAGCCUUUACAAGGCCCCCUGGGCUCGAGUAAUGGUGUACGGCCUGGGUCACAAAGUGCGCAGGAACGGCCAGCUCAAUCUGAUGGAGGCGGUGUGCUAUCCACUGGAUGCCUCACCCACCAACACAGGCCUUACUCCCCCUCCCACCACCAACCAAUACCCCUCAGUCAUCAUACCGACUGAUAAAGUGCACAUCAAACUGGGAGUGUCGCCCCCACCUGGUGCUGUGUUGGUGUUGCACUCCUUGCCGCUGGAGUUUCCUCUGGCCAUGGCAUUUGCUGAGCAGCUGUUGACGUGGAAGCUGGGAGAGAGCAGUGAGCAGCGGUCAGAGGACGAGCUGGACACAGUGCCAUCAUCUGUGCUGCUGCAGGUGGUAGAGCUGCUGGGUGGUUUGCUUUGGACCACUGAUCUGGCUCCCUCCAUAAAGGAACUCAUCUUUCACUUGUUGGCUGAGCUUCUGCGAAAGGUCCACCACCUGGAGCAGCGCAAGAGCCCCGCGGGUCUCUCCAGCUCCAUCGCUCUGCUGCUCAACCCCUGCCUCGCAGUGCUGAUGGCCCUGCAGUCAGAACUCCGAAAGCUCUACGACCGCGAGACUCAGGGAUGGACUGCUGGAGGGACAGGGGGGUCUUCAUCUGGAGGCGUAGCGUCGGCUCUGGGAUCGGAGCAGAGCCGGUUCUCCACCUACUUCCACGCUCUGAUGGAGGUGUGCCUGGCUGUAGCAGAGGUGACACUCCCUCUUAUUGUUAGUGGCUCUUCAGUGGGAGCCCUGUCCUCCACCAGCGCCCCUAACCUCAGCGACUCCUCUUCGUCUUCAUCCUCAUCCCCAGGCCAGACGCCACAGAGCCCUAGUCUGCUCUCCAAACGCAAGAAGGUGAAGAUGAAGCGCGAGAGGGCAGCGGCGGUGGCAGCAGCAGUCUCUGGGAAACGGAGAAGUGGAGGAGCACGGUUAUCAGAGAGUGACAGCGCUCUGCUGAACAUGGCGGGCAGUAAACCUGAGGACAUGCUGUGGUUCCACCGCUGCCUCACACUCCUGAUGAUCCUUCGACACCUCGCCAAUAAAGACCCGCAGGGCUUAAGUGUGACCAGCGAUGCAGUGACAGACGCCUGCCAGGCCCUGGUGGGCCCCACCGCCCACAGUCGCCUGCUGGUGCUCUCAGGUAUCCCCACGCACCUGGAGGAGGCCGUGGUCCGAAAUGCUAUCCGCAGGGCCUGCAACGCACACGGGGGGCUCUUCAAAGAUGAAGUCUUCAUCCCUCUGCAGGAAGAGGAUCCUAAAAAGCCCAAAGCUGGGGUUACAACCCCUCAGGACGGUAAAGUUGGACCUGACCCUGAGCGCCCCUUCCCACACACCGGUGGCCCAGAGAGUCCUGACAGCUCGAGCAGCGUGACUCCAGCUAUGAGCGUGAGCGCAUCGGCUUCUACCAGCCAGACCUCCAUCUGCAGCUCCUCUCAGGGAGUGUCCCGCACUGCCAGUGAACUUUCUGUCGAUCAGGAGAUGUUGGCUGUUCCAUCCCUCAACCCCGCGGCUGCAGCUUCGGCCGUUACGUACCCCCAGCAUGGCACCCAGGACCCCCACACUGUUUCUAGUCAGGAGAGUCUGGACACCUCCCUGUGCAGUACAGGAAGCCUGGGCAGUCUGGGCAGCUUGGGGGAGCCUCUGGACAGCGCAGAGACACCGUCGGUGUCAGAUGGAGGCUCUAUGAACACAGUCACCUCACUGGAGAGCAACGCAGUCAUGGCCAGGCCCAUCAAGGGCUAUGCUGUCAUUGAGGUUCGUUCUCGGGCUAAAGUGGAAAAGAUCAGAGCCAGUCUUUUCAACAGCAGUGACCUGAUUGGCUUAUCCAGUCUUGAGGGUGAAGAGGAUCUCAUGGAGUUGACCAAUGAGGAGAUCCUCACAGCCUCCAGUGUUAACCAAAGCCUGUUUGACACACAGGGAAGCUCCGCCCUUGAAGACUACUUCCUGGAGAAGUCAGUCAGAGGUGACAAGCUGGUACCUGGAGCACGAGAAGUCCUCACAGAUGUUUUUAAGAGCUGCACGCACUCAGAACAGAUGCUCAGCCUCACACCCGCCAAGCCACUUAAAGUGUCUGAUAUUUAUCUCAGCAAGGAGCAGAUCAACGCUCAGACCCCUGGCAACCUACUGCAUACUUUCUUUACCAACGUUAGGCCUCCAAAGAAAGUACUUGAGGACCAGCUCACUCAGAUUCUUAGAAAGUAUGGCACUCCCAAGCCCAAUAAGAACAAAUACAGCAAAGCAGGAAAAGAACAGCACCAAGGCAAGGUGGUGAGCACCAAGAGGCCGAUCACCAAACCUCCCACCAAGGAGAAGUCUGUGCUAAACAGUGUCAGGACUGCACUGAGUGAGAAGAAGACGGUCCUGAAGCCAAAAUCUCCAGAGAAAUCCAGACCUGAUGAGAAAGAUGUGGAAAAAUCUCCUGCUAAAAAAGCUGAAGCCCCAGAGGAGAAGUUCCUCACACUCGAAGGCUUCCACAAAUUCGCUGUUGACCGGGCAAAGCAGGACAUCCGCAGCGUCUGGAGGGCGAUUCUGGCUUGUGGUUACGACCUCCACUUUGAAAGGUGCACGUGUAUAGACACUCGUCACGCCCAGAAGGCCUGCAGGAAAUGGGGCUUGGAAAUGGACGUGGCAUUGGUCCAGUACAUCAACAGGCUGUGCCGUCACCUGGCCAUCACACCGGCCAGACUGCACCCCCAUGAAGUGUACCUGGACCCUGGAGACACUGCGGAUCCUCGUGUGGCCAGUCUGCUCAGUAAGUAAACCUCUUCAUUGCUACUGUGUGUUCUGUAAACAG